AUAUAUUACAUAACUCACCAAUAAUUCUAAUAGUUAUAUGGCUCUUUGAGGCCACCUUAGUGUUGACAAUUUGCUCAACUCUGUUUUCAGAGGUUUUUUAUAUCAAGCUGAGGUUUUAUAUUUGAUUAAGACUUUAAAUUGCAUCUCUAACCAUUUGCAGAUGCAUUCAACUCCCUCUGGAAUUAACAUCUCGAAUUUUUUUUGAUUCUUCAGAAACAAAUAUGUAUAAGCAUAGUUGUCUUACAAUACUUUACCUUACCUGAUUAAAGCUUUCAUCUUUGGUUUGAUCUUGUUUUUCGCUUUUUUUCUCUGAAUCUUUCGAAUGAUCAUGAUUUCGGUGUAUAGUAUGAUUAAUACAAUGAGACCGAUAAUGAAGAUCAUGCUGUACUUGGCUUACGAUAGAGGUUAAGUGAUCAGACCUUGUUUGCAUCAAGCUUUGUGUUAGUUUUUGAAUCAGUUUUACUUUUAAGUAGCUUAAAUUCUCAGAGUGCUUGGAACUAGAUGGGUUUUUUUCCCUUUUGGUUCUUCAUAUAAUUAAUCGAGAUUUCUGUCCAAAAAUUUGCUUUUAUUCAUUCACUUGUCAUAUGCAUGAUGUUUUCUUGAUUAGUUAGUUUUGAGUGGUUGUUCGAAUUGAAUCUUUCCUCAAAGAUCAGAUAUAAAAUUAUACAAUUAUUAUGGACUUGGUUAAGGCGAAAGAGAAGAAAGGCCUGAUCAUCAAGACAUGGGAGCGAUGCAGAUCUUUUGGUGGUCGCAAGAAUUACUCAUCACAGAUUCGUCGUCCCCUAGUGAAAAAAAGCAAGUCAUGCCCACAAUUAGAGUACACACCAGCAAACAAGUAUAAUUGUGGUCAAAAACGCGUAAGCGUCCCUGAAGGAUGCUUCUCAGUGUAUGUUGGACCUGAAAAGCAGAGGUUCGUGAUCAAGACGAGGUACGUGAAUCAUCCACUCUUCAAGACCUUACUCGAAGAAGCUGAAUCUGAGUACGGGUAUUGCAGUGAUGGACCUCUUGCACUUCCAUGCAACGUGGAUAUUUUCGGAAAAUUGUUAUUGGAGAUGGACUCUGAUGAGAUUCAUCAGAAGGGAUGCCAUUUCACCAGAAGUGUUAGCUCAUAUCGUGUCCUCAGCCACCCUAUAUAAAUUUGUUGUGAUUCCAGUAUCUUUGUCUAAGCGUUAUAGUGAUUGUACAAAAUACGUCGAGUCUUUUCUGUAAGAGUGUUGUGUAUGCAGCCUCAAAUUGAUGAGCUGCUUGUACUAAUCGUAAUCGUUAUUCGUGUGCAUCUGGGCUAGUUAAUUAACUGUACUAGCCAGCUACGCAGCUUAUGAAUGUGUGUUUCUACUA